AUUUUAUUGUGUACUUUUCGCAAUCCGUUCAGAAAAAUGGGACUGAGAACAUGUGUGGUUGUCGGCCUUACUCUUCUGUGUAUGACGUUAGCUGAGAACAACGACAAGAAUGCUUUUAUAAAAAGACUAAGAAGCUACAAAAACACUUGUCGGGAAAUAGGAUGGGAACCAAGUUGUAACAGAAGGACCUGGAAUAUUAAUGAUACAACUGUUGCCUUCCAUGUUUAUCUGAAAAAUUCUAUCUCAAGUCUUUCAAAGAAUCAGAUAAUUAAGUAUAACCAUAUAGUCACAAACAUUGGUGAGGGAUAUGCCACAAGUACCGGUAAAUUCACGGCCCCUGUGGACGGGGUUUAUUCCUUUACUUGGACGUAUUUGACAAAAAAAGGGGCAAAAGCGUAUAUUGGUGGAGUACUCGAUGGCAAACAAAUCGUCUGGACGGUCAUGGAAGACCAGACUGCCACUUGGGCGAGUACUACUGGACACCUUGUAGUAAGGAUGAAGAAGGGCAGUCAAUUCUGGACACCUAAUUCUUCACGAUAUGCUACCUACAUACACGCCCUUUACACAUUUGUGAGCGGAUACAAAGUUUCUGACUGAUGAUUUAACUUCUUUAAAA